AAUGUGUAAGACGCUCGUGUGACUUUUUAUUCGAUACACAAUUAUAAAUUAAAUUUGUUUUUAUAGAGUGUCGGUUUCUAUCAAUACAUACGUACCUACGUUUCUUAUCGAGUGCCUAACACGAAGCGACUUGGUGUCAUAAUAAAAUAGUUUCAACAAUAACCUGAUGUGCUCCAACUGUCAGACUUACUUGACCUUUACUGUGACCGGUCCAUAGAAAGGUGUUCAAGAGCAGCAGCCAACUUUUUAAUACUCGUUCAUAUAUUAAAUCGAGUCGGAAGAUAAUGAGUAACAAUGUCCAUUGUGUGCUCGCAGUACUAACUCCAUCUGCAGCAACUUCGAUUGUUUAUUUAUUGAACAUUGUGUAGGUACUUAUAGUAUAAAUAAUGGAAUGAGGAACGCGUACCCGCAGUCUCCAGUGUUAAAACUGACAACAAAUACACGUCUCGUAUAACCAGUCGCAACGCGGCCGGUUCCGCGAUAAGGUUCGCUGUCGAUAGCGCACAAUCGGCGCACACGGUGACCAACAUUAUUUUACGGGAAGUUUACGUUACUUAUUAUCGGCGCAAGGAGCGAUAAUCCGCGUUUGUAAGGCGCCGGUUUCGUGCCGAUACGUUCGCGCGGCCUCCCUCCGUGUCUGCGCUCAUGUCAGUCACAUCCGCCACGCGCUGAUCAAUAAGGAAUAAUGAGUCAACGGGACCCCCGGCGCCGGACAUAUCGCGUCAUAGUUCAUAGUGUUUGUGUGCUCCCACCCAGUGUUAGUGCAGUGGCAACGCGAGGAGAUGUCAUCGGUUCAGUUCAACUUCCCGCCGGAGAGCUACUCGGCAGUUUACACUGCUGAUGGAACUACUAAUGCGAAUGUGGUGUCAAAAUGUAACCUCACGGACUCAUGUGACGGGUCGGCGUCCCCGCCUAUGGUCCGCACCCCGCCAUCUUCAUUGUUCAGCUGCUUCCACUGUGCAUUUCAGAAUGGAAUCAACUUCACUCGAAAGGAGAAACGCCGGAAAGAGAAUCACACAACCAAUCAUAAGGUCGCAGUGCCUGGUAAAGAGGAGGAACGCUGGCGCAGCAAAGAUGAAGGUGCGCUGUUCAAACGUUGGCGGCGCACCCCGUCUACUGUCGAAGCACCCGCCUCCACUCCGGCACCCGCUACACCCACCCCUCAACCCUCGGAGCUACUCAAAUUCUUAGCUAUUAAUGCAUUGGAAUUAUCAGCACCCGCAUCUGAUGCGUUGCUGAAGUCUCGCUCGUCGGAGUGGUUCCAGCUAGCUGGCCACCCCGGCUCCCUGGCGCCCGCAGGCCCGGGCACCGUAUGGAAGCGCCGCGCCGCUGGCGACCACCCCGCACACAACCCCGAGCGGGACGCAUAUGAAGCCCUCGCUGCCUGCCCCCACAUGCGCUCUGCUAUCCCGCGCUACUACCGUGAACUGGAAUAUGGUGGUGAACGUUUCAUUGAACUGCAAGACUUACUCCACGGCUUCAGAGACCCUCAUGUUAUGGAUGUCAAGAUGGGCACCCGCACCUUCCUUGAAGAUGAAGUGAGCAACGCUCGUGCUCGUACGGACUUGUACGAGAAGAUGGUGCGUUUGGACCCCAAAGCUCCCACCGAAGCUGAGCAUGCGGCUCGCGCUGUGACCAAACUACGUUACAUGCAGUUCCGUGAACAGCGAUCCUCUUCCGCCGAGCAAGGAUUCAGGAUUGAAGCUGUGAAGGUCCCAGGAGAGCCUCCCCUCACUGACCUACAAAAAAUUCGCGAACCUCACCAAAUCGCCAACACCGUUGCAAGGUUCCUGGGCAACAAUGAAAAGGCGCGCCGUGCUAUCAUCGCCCGCCUUCGUGAAAUCAGAGACCUUUUUGAAAAUUCCGAUUUCUUCAAAACUCAUGAAAUCGUCGGCAGCAGUAUAUUCAUCAUUUACGAUGAUGAACGUGUUGGAGCCUGGCUGAUCGACUUUGCUAAGACUAGGAGUGUACCGGAAGGUCUACAGGUAGACCACCGUGCAGAGUGGCAACAAGGAAAUCACGAAGAAGGUUUCCUUUAUGGUUUGGAUAGACUUAUAGACACUAUAGAAAGGGCAAAACUUCCGACGCCGGGCGACGAAGCAGCGACGGAACCGGAUGUAUCACGUUGAACACAGUCUGGCGAGAGACCCUGGACUCGCCCCUCGGUCGUUGUCACCGUUCGCCUGGCCUUGCGCCCCGUACCGCUCCACUAGCGCCCGACUUGACGCACGGAGAGAUGUAUCAUAAAAACUAUGUAUAUUUUGCAUAUGAAAGAGAAUUGCGAUUAAUCGCUUGUUUCGAUCUAGUCCUUAAUUAUUUAAAUAAACUCGUCAUGAUUAUUUUAUAAAA